AGCGGGGUGAUGGAAAUAAAAAAAAUAGGAAGGAAACAGUCAGAAUGUAGACAGUUUCCCUCGGCCUCUUUCACUAGCUUUUCUUCCUCGUCCUCUCUAUUAUUUUCACUGUUUUACAAGUUAAAAGGCAAUUAAUGUGCUAUGCCCAACAAUUCAAUUCUCUAACACUCUAACCAAAAUUCUAAAACGAAAAUUCCUUGUCUUCCUUACCGGACUAAAUGGGCCUCACUGAAGAUCAUAAAAACGCUAUGAAAGAGGCUUUCACUCUCUUUGACACCGACAGCGACAGCAAGAUAGCUUCGACAGAGCUCGGGGUCUUAAUGAGGUCCUUGGGUGGUAACCCCACCCAAGCUCAACUAAAAAAAAUCGUGGCUCAAGAGAAGUUAACUGCACCCUUAGAUUUCUCACACUUUUUGGGGCUAAUGGAGAAGCACUUGAAAAUAGAAUCGUUCGAACAGCAAUUGCGUGAUGCGUUCAAGGUGCUGAAUAAGGAGGCGACCGGUUUUGUCCUGGUGUCGAAUCUUAAAUACAUAUUGACCAACGUUGGGGAAAAGCUAGAGCCGACGGAGUUUGAUGAUUGGAUCAAGAGAGUUGAUGUUAGCUCCAGUGGGAAGCUCAAAUACAAUGGUUUUAUUGCCAGGAUGUUUGCUAAGUGACACAGAAGAUCAUUCAAUAUUUCUUCUGUUUUGUUCUUC